AUGGAAUGGACUGUAGUCAGAAAUCAGUACACAUUAGAUUAUGCAACAAAAGAAAAACACAAAAUAUACCCAAGAAAUCCAGAAGGGUUAACAUCUUUAUGGGUUGGAAAUGUUGUACCAGAUGUAACUGAAAAAGUGCUUAGCCAGUUGUUCUCGAAACAAGGUCAUGUUACAAGUGUACGGCUUUUGAAGGAAAAAUACUGCGCUUUUGUAAACUAUGCCAACAAGGCUGCUGCUGGCCGUGCUAUGGAGGCGCUGCAGGGCCAUGAACUGUGUGGCCAAAGACUCCUUAUAAAAUUCCCUGACAAUCCUAUUGUUAAUGGUGCACAGAAUGUUAUCCUCAGGAAAUCUAAACCACAACCAAUAAAAAACAAUGUUAAAGUGAAUGGUGCUGCAGGUGUGGUCACCAGUAAUAUUCUUUUCCCACAAAGCCAAGCCCAGACCCAGCCUCAAGCCAACGCCGCCAAACUCAAGGGACCAGUUAACGGAGAUGAGUGUUACUUUUGGCGCACGACAGGAUGUGCCUUUGGUGAAGCUUGCAAACACAAGCACAUUCCAAACAACAAAGGAAUUGACAGAAAACCUUGGCAGAUGUAAUUUUUAUGUACCCAAUUUUUAGCUAUUCUCCUAGUUCAGAAAAAAAACGAAUUUCAUAUAAAAAAAUAAUAAAAAUACAAAUGAAAAAUAUUAUAAAUAAUAUAUUGUACGAAAACAUCUGAAGCAGUUGGAUGCAAAAUUUAUAUAUUUUUGUUUCUUUCUAUUCUUUUAGAAUUUUAGAAAAAAAUUUAUUAAUGUAGGCUAUUGGUUGUAGAUUUCAAAUCAGAUAUGAAAUUGUGGAGGUUAUUUAUGUCUGGGAAUGCCCUAAGAUGCCUUGUCUGUGGUGCUUAUCAUACAUUAAACCUUUCUGUGCUCUCUGUCAAAGAUGCAGGUACUUACAGGCCAUCUUGGCUGUUCACAAAUUUAUGGAAAAAGAAAAAAAAACGAAAACAAAUAGAGAAAAAAAAAGAGGAAGAAGAGGUUAUCUUUAAGUUGUGUGAAGAGUUGAAAGUAAUAUAGGAAGACUUUUCUACUGGAAUAAUCAAGGCAUGUAACUAUAGACAGUUCUUAUUUGAGCCUUGUUUUUCAUCAUUUUCUAUUCUGAGAUAUAGUUUUAUAAAUUUGUCUGUUUGCAAAGUUUUAUAUUUUAGCUGUGGUUACAACGAGGUUUUGGUGUAGCUGAAUUUUUGAAAAUGCAAGUUUAACAUAUACUGAGUAUGUAGAAAAUUUAUUGUUAGAUUUAAAGAGAAAAAAAAAGAGAAAAAAUUCUUUUCAAUUUUUGAAAUUUGCACUUGAAAUGAUACUAUGAAAUAUCAAAUUGCAAUAAUGUACAACUUAAAUCAUGUAAAGCGCCGUCUUAGCAUUCCAAGAAUAUGGCAGUUUAAAAAGAGUUUACUUUAUUUAAUGGUUUGCAAGCCUGACUAUUUUUAAUUUCUAAAGAUAAAGACAAUACAGUAAAAUAAUAUUUUUUCUUGUCCCAGCAGUCACUUGCAGAAGUAGAGCAGCACAAAAUGGUAUACAAGCUCUUUUUUUUUUAUUAUUAUUAUUAUUUUUUUUUUUUUCUUAAGAUUCAGGA